AUGCCUCCUAAAGUCGACCCCAACGAAGUUAGAUUCAUUAACAUUAAGGUUUUCGGUGGUGAACCCGGUCCCGCUUCUACCUUGGCCCCCAAGCUCGGUCCUCUCGGUUUGAACGCUAAGAAGGUCGGUGAAGAUAUCAUUGCUGCUUGCAACCAACACAAGGGUAUCAGAGUUAUGAUCCAACUCAAGUGCCAAAACAGAGCUGCUCAAGUUACCGUCGUUAACACCUCUUCCGCUCUUAUCAUCAAGGAACUCGGUAAGCACGUCAGAGAUAGAAAGAAAACUAAGGGUAUCAAGCACUCUGGUGACCUCAGUUUGGAACAAAUCAAGAAGAUCGCCAAGAUUAUGUAAGACGAAAACAAGAGUUUCGCCAAGACCUUCGCUGGUACUGUUAAGUCCGUCCUCGGUACUGCCCAAUCUAUCGGUAUCACCGUUAACAAGUUACACCCCAAGAAGGUCAUUGAAUAAAUCAACAAGGAAGAAAUUAAGAUUUGA